GCCAAAUGCCUCUCUGCUUUUUAUCCAUGUUUUGAUGUCAUUAGCGGUUGUGUUUUAUCCGCCGUGAAAGUGUUGUGUGAUACUUGUUCAGCGUUCAUUCAUAUUGUUAGUUCAUUUUGUGUUAUAUAACUUGAUGAGGAUCUGCUACCAGAGGGUGUAGGUGAAUUGGCUCGACGCUUAUCUUCAUUUGUGAAUCAGCAGAGGAUUAUAGAACCAUUUUUUGCCUGUUGAAUCACAGUGAACACAUUGCAAAUGCCUAUGUUUGGACGUGUCCUCUGUGACAGACUAUUUGCGAAAUUGGCGUGAUAUGUGUAAUGCUGCUACGAAAGGGCGCAGGUUCGCACAUCAUCAAGAGCUGAGGAUAUUCAAGGAAAACUGCGGAACUGGCGCAUACAACGGUCGAACCCGACACCGGAAGCGAAGACACGAUGGCGGGGAACCAGAUAGCACAGGUGAUUGCCUUCAUCUGUGGUCUGAUUGUGAUCAUUUUGAUGAUCAUGGCCCUGGCCUCGACUGACUGGCUCAUGGCUGCUGGCUGGAGACAGGGUCUCUUCAUACACUGUAUAGGAGAUGAUGCUCCGAUGCCGUUGCCUUUCAAUGUGCAAGAUCCACCAGACUGCUAUCAGGCAAGAGAUGUGGCCUACAUCAGAGCAGCAGCUGCACUAUGCAUCAUUACACUCCUGACGGAUGUAGUGGCCACCCUGUUUACGGGUUUGGGUCUUCGUAGCAAGGACCACAGAACCAAGUACAAGUACUACCGCGUGGCUGUCUAUAUCAUGGUGCUAUCAUUAAUAUCGAUCCUUAUUGCCUUGGUGAUCUACCCUGUAUGUUUUGCAGCAGAGUUGAAUGAAGGAAACCGUACUGUGUGGGAGUUUGGCUGGGCAUAUGGUGUGGGCUGGGGUGCAGCCAUCUUCCUGUUUGGAGGAGUUGUGUUACUUCUGUGUGACAAAGAAUCAGAGGAAAUAUACUACAAGGAGCGCAAGAUUGUUCAUGACAGCGACUCGCGAGCCUAGUGCCCACCCCCCCUGCCCGAUGUUGUGCUCUGAACUGCUGCUGCCACCACCUCGACCCACGUCAUCACGUGACAUCACAUGAAGACUGUUGCAUACUUGCUCACUCACUGCCCAACAGACACAAGUUUCGAUUAGUUGAGUUUUGUGUCUUGGUUGUUAUUAACAUGCACAGUGCAGCUUGAUGAAAGGGAUGAUGUCAUAAUUUUGUGUAGUUGGUCUCAGGAUGAGGUUUGUUUCAAAAGUAUAGUAACUACAUAUUGUCCUCAACCAUACGAUGACCUCUGAUUCCAUAAGUCCUCCUGCACAAUGACAGUUUUAUAUGACAGGAAUAACUUAAAUCUUUUUAACUCUUUAAUGCUGAGAGGCAAACCCUACAUGAUUCGACAGAUUUUUCCUUGAACAUGACUGAUAUGCUAGAUGUUGGAACCACUUGCCUUUCAGCCUGUUAUCAUUUUAAUCGGUCAGUAUGUUUUUACAAAUACUGCUACUUCUUGUCUUGAUGAAAGCAACUUGGGUGUGACAAAGAAAGAUGAUUUUCUUAAAUGUGCUCAUUUUAGACCCAAAAGGACAAUCACCACUAAUAAACCAGAGCUUGGUGCGUACUGCAAGCUACAGGGGGCUGACAGGCUGACACCUGCAAGAAGUCCAGGGUUGCUGUCCCCAUGCUGUUGUGCCAAGUAGUAUCCUCACUUAGAGUAACCAGCCUUUUUGAGCAUUCUCCCUCAUUUGAAAAUAUUGCCAUUCGGCAUGCUGUUGUGUUUCAGCUGGCACUCUGGCGACAUCUGAACCAUAUUGCCCACUGUCUAGCAUCAGAUCUUAUUAUUCAGAUCUUUCAACCUUAAAUAUGCAUGCUUUACAAAUUGUAAACCUUGUGGCAAUGACAGUUAUAUUAAGAAUAAAUAAAUUCACAUUGGAGUAUCAGAAAAGUAUUUGACCAAAUUCAUAAACCUAUACAAGCCUAGCCACUGCCUGUAAAAUGACCUUGAGGAGUAGUGCCCACUGACUAGAUCUAGGGCAAUCAGUAGGUCUGUUUGCAAUAUUUUCCAUAGUCUUCAGUUUUUUAAACAACAUUUCAGAAACUGCAUCUAUUUCUGUCAUCAGGAGGAAGGGAGGAAAGCUUCCUCCUCAGUUGGACUCAUUAGAAAGAGCUUGUCUUGAUCACUCAAUGUGUUGAAUAGGAACAUUUCCUCUGUCAAACCUAAAGACUUCAACUAAUCCAGUUUCUGAAAUGUUUUUGGAAAAAGAAAAAACUUGAGAUGGUGGGACUGGGACCAAAGUAAUAGUCAUGUUUAGUAGAAUACAACACCGUCAGAAGCAUUCAGACUUAAGUGACAGACUUUUUGUCCAUUGUAGAGAGGUGUGUUCUGUACAUACACUAAAGUCUGUUUUAUUCCUAAUUAUGUAAAUGUGUGAACAAAAUAUAUACCUGUGAGUGGUUGAAAGUGAUAUUCAGUGUCUGGUACAUCCCAUUUACCAAUUUCAUCUAAAUUCCUAUGUACAUUUGUAUACAGUCUGAUGUUAGAAGUCAAUAAACAUUAUUACUUAUGCACAUUGUAAAAACAUACAGUCAAAAUUUCUCUGCAGUGAAGGUUAGUGCCCACAAUUGCAUUAUGUAUAAGUGCCAAAAAAAUAAACCUCUGCACAGUUUUGUCCAUGAUUGUAACAGUUCUCGUUCUAAAUAAGAACUAAAAGUUUGUGACAAUGGUAUAUGAAUACAGUUAUCAUGUUUUUUGACAUUAUCCACCUUUUUUUUUCAUUUAACACGACGUUUUGUAGACUGGAUUCUAUCUCCAUCCUUAGGUAAAAACCUUCUCAUUUGGGUCCAGUCAAUAGAGCUAGUCCCUGUCUCCAGACACCAGAACCAACACAAGAAAGGGUACGUAAACCAAACACAAAAUAAACUAUCACUGAUGGCUUAUGUUGUAGUUGGUUUAUAUAUUCUAUCUUGUUAUAUUUCUUCUUACCCAAUUAACUCAGUUGUGAAGUGUAACAGUAGAAGUGAAAGAACCAAGGUAUUGAAGAAAGCAGUCUUCUGGGAUUUGGCACCGUGUAUAUGUGGUGUUAACCGACUUUUCGGAGGAACGUAUC